GAAUACGAAGUUGCAAUGCAGAAAGGCCGCUCAGCGGCGCUGCGCUUCAGGCAUUCACUGUAUGGACGUUGCCAAAUUCUGGCUGUUCAAGGUCUUCAGUCUCUUCUCGGACAGGAAGUGCCCCCUCCUGUCCGUGCCGUCGAGUGCGCGCCUGGUGUGUGUUAACCGCGGAUGCGCACGCGCGCUCCACCGUGCUCUACUCGGCUGGCUCGCGCCCGCUGUCUCAUUCGCACUCUGUCCCUCGCUGGACUCGCUUUUUAUCAUGGCCGCCUAAGCGACUUGCCAUUGCUCGGCUUGCUUUUAUUUUCUUCCCCUCUUUCCCCGCAUUUUGGAUACCGAAGAAGGGUUUAUUUACCUUUUUCACUAUAGAUUUCUACAUUGACAGAGCUUUUCUCCUCCUUCCUCUGGAUUUACUCCUGCGCUAAAAGGAUUUAUGAUUCAUGUCAGAACCUCAACAUGCAGCCUCCUCCGAGAAAGGUGAAAGUUACUCAAGAGUUGAAGAAUAUUCAAACUGAGCAGCUGACCAGACUUCAAGCCAAGCACCAAACAGAAUGUGAUUUACUGGAGGACAUGAGGAGUUUCAGUCAAAAGAAAGCUGCAAUAGAAAAAGAGUAUGCUCAGGCUCUACAGAAACUUGCAAGUCAAUACCUAAAGAGAGAAUGGCUGAAAACAGAAGACAGACCAGACUAUAGGAAUGUGUACACAGUGUGGAAGUCAUUUUUAGAUGGUACUGUCCAAGUGACUCAGUCUCGCAUUAAUAUUUGUGAAAACUACAAAAACCAGAUCUCUGAACCAGCCAAGACUGUGAAACUUUUAAAGGAACAGCACCUAAAAAAGUGCAUAGAUAAGUUGACACGAAUUCAAGCUGAGUUGCAGGACACAGUAAAGGACUUGGCAAAAUCCAAAAAGAAAUACUUUGAAAUGGAACAGAUGGCUCAUGCAGUGAGAGAGAAAGCAGAUAUUGAGUCCAAAUCCAAGCUUAGCUUGUUUCAAUCAAGAAUAAGUUUACAGAAAGCCAGUGUAAAGUUAAAAGCCAAAAGAAGUGAUUGCAACUCAAAGGCUAUACAUGCAAGGAAUGAUUAUCUUUUAACACUCGCAGCAGCAAAUGCACAUCAAGAUCGUUAUUACCAGACAGAUUUGAUGAGCAUUAUGAAGGCAUUGGAUGGAAAUAUCUAUGAUCAUGUUAAGGAAUAUUUAAUAGCAUUCAGUGGGAAUGAGCUUGAGUUAUGCCAAGCUGUACAGCACACAUUCCAGUUCCUUUUGGAAACUUCUAGCAGGGUGAUGCAAGAUCUCAAUCAGCAACUUUUUAUGCAAGAGAAUGAAAUCUUUCACAAAUCACAAUCUUUUCAAUUCCAGCCCUGUGAUAGUGACAUGAGUUUAAAUGCUUUCCAGCUGAUUGACAUUGAGCCCACACCCGUGAGUGCUAUGAGAAUGACUUUGGCUGAGAGUCGGCAGUUAGAAUCUGAGUCUGGAACAACUGAAGAGCACAGCUUGAACAAAGAAGCGAGAAAAUGGGCAACAAGAGUAGCAAGAGAGCAUAAAAACAUCAUUCAUAAUGAACGUACUUUGGACGAAUGUGAAUCACUUUGUGCUGUUCCAUCAGAGCAAAGUCGUGUUGAAUUGGAGCAGAGAAUUGAGGAAGCAAAAGAGAACAUACGUAAAGCAGAGACAAUUAAGAUGAAGGCAGAAGCUCGCCUGGACCUACUGAGGCAAAUUGGUGUAUCUGUAGAUGUUUGGCUAAAGAGUGCCAUGAACCAGGUGAUGGAAGAGUUAGAAAAUGAACGGUGGGCUAGCCUCCCUACCCUUUCCAACAAUGACAGUUCACACACGACAAGUGCAGAUUUUGAGAGAGAAGAGGGAGAAGAAUUUGAAGACAAUAUGGAUGUAUUUGAUGACAGUAGCUCAAGUCCCUCAGGGACCUUGAGAAACUAUCCUCUAACCUGCAAAGUCAUCUAUUCCUACAAGGCCUCUCAACCUGAUGAGCUGACUAUUGAGGAGCAAGAGGUUUUGGAUGUAAUUGAAGAUGGGGACAUGGAGGACUGGGUAAAGGCACGGAAUAAAGCGGGGCAUAUAGGUUACGUCCCUGAGAAGUACCUUCAGUUCCCUACAUCCAACAGCCUACUUAGCAUGCUUCAGUCCCUCGCUGCACUUGAUGCAAGAUCUCACACUUCAAGCAACUCCACAGAGCCUGAGCUGGCAUCAGGCAGUGUGAAUGGGGAUACAAACAUGAGUUUUGUCAAGGCUCUAUAUGACUAUGAAGGUCAGACCGACGAUGAGUUAUCCUUCCCUGAAGGUGCUAUUAUUCGCAUCCUGAAUAAAGAUAACCAAGAAGAUGAUGGGUUUUGGGAAGGAGAGUUUAAUGGUCGUAUUGGAGUCUUUCCCUGUGUUCUAGUGGAGGAACUAGCAGGCUCAGAAAAUGGAGACUCCCAGUGGAUAGGGGACACACAGAUCUCCCCAUCUUUUCGGCCAGUGACAGCUCUUCCUCCAUUGCCUUUGUAUGACCAGCCUCCAGUCAGCCCGUUUACCAGCCCAGAUAAGAAUGUCAGUCAGUUUUUUCCCAGGUCACCCUCUGUUAACGAUCAUAAUAGUUACAAUUCAGAGUCACCUGGCUUCCCACAGUUACCCAAAUUCACACCUGAAAACACACAUGGAAAAUUGAGACCCGUUCGAGCUGCACCUCCUCCUCCUGCUCAGCACCCACGACGACAAGCAGAGAAAACAGAGGAAGUGGAGAUCACACUGGUGUAAAGAAAGACUUGUCCGUGUGUCUUGUCAUUAAUAAGAAAUGGUGCAACUGUAAAUCUUGCAUUUAUUUCCCCUUCUGACAUCCCUUUCCUUUAAUAAGAACUUUAAUGUAUUGACUGAAGACAAGGAGAAUGCCAGUGACUUACCAAAAGUCACAAAAAUAAAACUUUUUGUGCCUUUCUUUUGCACAUUUGUUCACUAUGGGCAUUGGACUCGGACUUGACUCGAUUUUAAGAAAGGCAGAAAGGAAGACAUUCUGGAACUUUUGAACAGAUGGUCAGGUGGACACUUGGACUUCAUUCAGAAGUCCUUAUACCUGUGCUACAUGUAGUCAUAUCAUACGUAUAUAAUGUGCAUUAGUACAGUACAUUACUGUUGCCAUAGGAAUGUUCAAAAUGUGCAAAAACGUUUCUUUUCAUAUUGCAUUACCACAUCUAUACACAUUUGAUACGAGAGAGGCUACUGACAUCCAGUUGAAAGGGAAUUUAAAAAAAAAAAAGAGAGAGAAAGUGUAAAGAGAGGCUGGUUCCUCACAUUUAAUUUUCCCUUCUUUAAAUAAAGGAAAUUAAAUGAAGCAAAGCUCUUUUAUCUCAUAGAUAAGGGAAAUGUGGCAAUUGAAUUAAGUACUAGUUAACUGAACUAUAAUUUUUUUUCAGCUAUUACAAUAAAGAGAAAUCUGUAUUACUAAUAUUUAGUCCAGUAAAAGGCAGUUAAUCAACUUAAUAACCCAGUAAAGACUGAUCUAACAAGUGGUGUGGUUAUCCUGAAACCUGCUCACAUUACCUGUAGUAUAUAGACUGUGUUUAGCCUUGGGCAAAAAUUUAUUUUUCUUUACAUUUUAUCAUCAUCUGCUAACUUAAUCAUGCAUUUUGUGUAUGUGAAUAAGUAUUUGAACAUUAGUUGCAGUGCAUUAUCAUACAUGUCUUUUUGUCCUGUAACCGUGCCAUUAUCAUACAAUAUAGAGACUGAAUAGCAUUUGACUGGGUUAUAUCCAGCUAUAAAUCAGUAUUUAAUAUACCAGAGAAUACUUGCAAUGUCAUAAAAGGUAACUUUUCUAAUAGAUCUUUUUGUAUAAACAGAAAAACAACUUUUUGCAGUUUAGACUGUUCAUCAAUUUUCUGAUGUGGGAACUGCAGGCUUUCAUUUCUUUCAACCUCUGAGGGGUCAUUCUUAUUACAGUCUCAACAGCUUUGUGCUUCUCUGAAAAUGUGCUAAAACAGACUAUUCGGUCACUGGAUAAAGAAACCAGGAGGCUUACAGAUAUGUGAGCUCAGCUCAAGCUCAUCACUCUGUGCUUUACUUUAAAUAAAUUACUUGUGUCCAGUAUUUUUGAUGAGCUAUGAACAGUAAGGUUAAUAUAGGCACAUAUUCUAUCACCUCUAUAGAUCUUUUGAAUAUUUUUGGGGGAGACAGUUUAGGCCACAUUGCAAAAUAAUAAUAAUAAUAAUGAUAAUAAUUUGGGAAGGCAUAUUCUCCUUUACUUGAUGUAUAUUUUGGCGAAGACAAUUAACACAUGAUGCAACAUAUCCAGACAUACAUCAGUUAUUAGCAUCCAUUCUCAUAUUUUCUUCUUUUUAAGUCUAUCUUUUGUAAACAUGUCCUUAACUGACAUUACAACUGUUUGGUCUUUUUUGUUAGACCCUCCGCUAGAUGAACAAGGACAGGUAUGGCAAAGUAAAAGGUACCUGAUGGAGUAUUUGGAGACUUCAGUGUAGUUAAAAUACAUAUUUUGCCCAGGCUGACUUAAAAUAAUCCAUUGGCAGCGUAUUUAGUUUUGCUCAUUUUAAACUGGAAGACUGAAGCUGCACAGAUAAUAAAAAUAAGAAAUCUUCUCAUGUAAAAACGAAAGUCUUACCAGCUAUAGGAAAAAAGAUAAUAUGUGAAUUCCAGCACUGUUCUAGUUAAGACAAAAAAAAUUUUGAUUACACGUGCUAAUUGCCAGUCCUCAUUUGGAUAUUCUUGAUGCGAUGCUUCAUUUUAAAUGUUAUUCCAAUCUAUUCAAGGAUUUCUAGUUCUCUUUAUAAGGGAGUCCAUCAGAAGAAUAAUAUAAAGCUCUUUAGAUUGGAUUCUACAAAAUAUGUGAUGUUUUAUAAUUUUAAAGUAGUAAGUUCUUUAGCUGUUUUUCUUCAAAAAGUAAAUACAUCUUGAAGGGUAUCCUAAAAUUAUCAGUCACCUUAUUGGCUGCUAAAGUAUAAAAAUGAUAAUUAUUCUGGCACCUCAGCUUUACCUAUAUAAAUAUAUAUUUAUCAUUUCUCAUCACUUGUACUGUCUAUUUUAAUUUUCUGAUUGAUCUCUUGGAGGUCUUUUUUUAAUGUUAUCAAACUUGUUUUGAAGUUUACAGUUUACAGCAUUCAUGUCUCAAAAUGCUUUUUUGUGAGCAGAGUCUAUUUCAGUUUUAGUUUAUUCUAAGCUUUGUUUUCUCAGAAAAUAGGCAAAUAUAUUAUUUGAAAAAGUAUAACUUUUUUUUUUCUUUGAGAGCUGCUAAAAUAUAUAUUAAACAACUUCCCUAAGAAAUAAAGCAAAGCUAAC